GGCUUGCGAAUCAGUCCAAUCCGCCUAUUUCAGGAGCUCUUUUUAUGGAAAGCAUGGUGCCGGCUUAUCAGUUGAUUGGCUUCGAUCCCUGGGAAUACCACUCGGUGAUGGCCAAUGCACAAAGAACCUCAGCGCACAUCAACCAGAAGUCCCGCUUUGGGAUUGGCGAUGUUUAUUUCCUGGCGUUGAGCAUGGGGAAGUGCGAAGUCGUUGUGGAUGAUGUGAAGCGAUUGUCGCCAGGGAAGGUUCACUUGGAGUCCGGUCGAGACCUGAAGGUCGACACCAUCCUGAAGGUCUUUGGCUUCACAGGUCUCUAUGAGGUGGAUCGGCUGCUGAAGAUCAAGACCAUGCACGGCUGGUGGGCUGAGGGUGACAACCGUCGCCACAUUGCCAGCGAAAAUCCUGGGGUCUAUGCCGGGAACUUUGCAAGCACGAGCCUGUCGCCAGG